AUGUCAGACACAACCGACAUCGAACGCCAGCGCGCCAACCGUGCCCGCGAGCUCGCCGCCGCCGUCCAGGAAGGCCGGCUCCCGACCACGCAAGAGGCCGUGCAGUCGUUGCAGCAUGCGAAGGAGUCUGAGACGCUGCGGAAGGUGCAGGGGGAAUUGAGUCCUGGAGGUCGGAAGGUUGCCGCGGACGCCCAGAAGAUCAUGGACUCGGCCGCGAAGCUUCUUGCUGAGACUAACCCGGAUGAUCAGCUUCAGAAGGUGAUUUACCACAGCAAGCAAGCCGCAUCCUACCGCCCCAUGACAGCCACCGAACACUCCGACGCCGCCGACCGCCUCAUCAAAGCCGGCUCGCGCUCCGCCGAGCUCGCCAAAAUGAUCAUCACCUCCCCCGAGUUCCGCAACCUCCUCGGAGACCUCACCGACAUCGCCCAUGAAAUCGUCCGAAGCAACAUCGCCUCUGCAACCGACGACGUAGCUCAGGACCCUAACGCGCCUGAGGGAAUGCGUCAAGGUGCUGGUAAGGCUCAUGAGGCUGCGCAAGACACGAGUGGGGAGAAUGUCCAGCAGAAGGCGGGUGAGGGUUUGGAUACUGCGACGUCGGCUAUGGGACAGGCCGGUGAGGAAAUCAAGGGGGUUGCGGGGCAGAUUCAGCAGGCUGCGGGUGAAAAGCUCAAUUCCAGGUCGUCGCUUACCGAGACCGCCAAGACUGCCGUUGAAACCGCCGCUCAGCAAGCUGAACAGCGUCUCCCGUCCGGCACCGUAAUGGGUCAAGGUGAAGAGCAAGUUCAAGACAAGGACUCGGAUGCUCGCGAGACCGGUGCCCGCGCCGGCAAGAAAUUGCUGCAGAUGCCUGAAGAAAAGCGUCGCGACCUUAUUCGUCGUCUCAAGCAGGUCAUGAAGACCGUACAGUCAAAGCCCGAGUUCCAGAGCGGUAUCGAUGAGCUACUCGACUUGCUUGCCCCGCUUGCUAUGCAGGCCAAGACCAUGGCGUCGACUGGCGUUACCAAGGCUGCUGGUACCGACCAGCAGGGCGGGGACCAGUAUGACAAGAUGCAUCAAGACCAGGGUAUGCGAGGCACCGAGCCUGCCACGGGCCUCACGCCCGCCGCUACCUCUGCCACGGGAACGACAAUGCCCAGCGGUGAAGACUCAGAAUAUCAAGGCCUCCGCCGCGACUCCGGCAUCGGCGAAACCCAAGCCACCAAAGAAGCCAAAGCCGCCUUUGAAAACGCGAAACAGCUCGUCGAAAACUUCGCCGGCGGCCGUUCCCUCGACCCGCUCAUCAACGCCCUCCGGGCCAUGGCGGCCGACGCCCAACACGACCAAGAACUCGCCCAGUUCUGGUCCGACGUCACCACCUUCCUGCACAAAUCCAUUCGCGAGCCCGGCUACAUCGAGAACCCCAACUACGAAAACGAGGGCCAGGAACUCAUCGACCGCGGCCGCGCCCAUCUCAACAAGUACAACGACCACACCCAGACCGUCUCGUACGAAGCCUCCACCUUCGUGAACGCGUUGAAGAACAACCCGACCGCCCAGCGCUUGCAAGCCGAUACUCGCGCCCUCCUCGCCGACCUCUUCCUCGACGAGCGCGGCAACCCGCAAUUCAAACCCGACCUCCUCCGCGACCUCUCGCGCUGCGUGCCCAUGAUCGCAGACCGCCUCGCAUACAUCCCCAUCCCGCGCAUCGACACCGAGGACGAAGACUCCCACAUGAUCUUUGACAACAUCGUGUUGCAUUCCACCAUCUUGCCCAACUACGUCCAUGUCGUGACCGACACCACGAUGGACUCCACCGCCGCUACCGGCGAGGAAGCCGCGGUCAAGCUCGCGAGCCACGUCACGCUUGACAUGUCUCACAUUGAGGCGAGCGCGCGCGACAUUGCGUGGAUGUAUAAGAAGAAGCGCGGGUUGAUCCGGUUCGGCGACGUCGGGUUGGCCGAUUUCGACAUGAAGGGGGAAGGCCUCCACGUUCGCAUGACGCUCGUUCCCGGGAUGCAGACGGGAAUGGGCGAGCCCGGACACCUGGCGGGCCGAUACCUCCACCCCGCGGAAGUCAAGUGCCGCGUGAAGGACUUGGAUCUUCGCCUGCAUGACUCGCACCAUGAUUUCUUGUACAAGAUUGCCAAGCCGAUGAUUAACCGUACCGCGAAGAGGCAGAUUGAGCUUGCGGUUGAGGAGAAUUUGCGUCGUGCCGUGUUCAGGUUGGAUGAUCAGAUGGCUGAAGGUGCCACCGCUGCCGAGGGUGGUGGUGGUGGCGAGGCUCCUGCUGCUCCUGCUGCUCCGGCGGCUCCUGCGCAGGAGGGUAUGGCUCCUGCGGCUGCCUCUACUUGA